AUGUAAUAAACUUAUAAUCCAGAUGAAAGAAUUAAUAUUGAAUUAUUUUUGGCUGCAAGAUAAUUACCUAAUCUCGAAUUCUUCUCUAAAAGUGAUCCAUACUUAGAACUCUAUUAUUCACUAUCUGGGUAAUAAGAAAUAUUAUUGGGCAAAACAGAAGUUGCAGAUUGUAAUUUAGAUCCUAAUUGGGAAAAAACAUUUAAUAUUGAAUAUUAACCAGAUCUGACAUAGAUUUUAAGAUUUUAAAUAUUUGAUUAAGAUAGAAUGGGUAGAGAAUUUAUGGGAGAAACACAUACAACUAUAAAUGACAUUUUUUAAUAAAAAAAUUCAUUAAUUACUCUCUAAAUCAAAAAAUUUGAUAAAGCAGCAGGAUUAUUAAUUUGUAAAGCAGUUAAAUUUAAAGAAUCAAAUCAUUAUGCUUAAUUCUAAUUUUCUGGAAUUAAUCUUAAAAAUAUAGAUGGAAUAUUUGGUAAGACUAAUCCAUUCUUGAGAUUUUAUUUGUUUUCAGAAGGAGUGUGGUGUCAUAUAUAUUAAACUGAAUAUAUAAAAGAAGAUCUCAAUCCGAUAUGGAAAUAAUUUGAAGUUUCUUUAUAGAGAUUAUGCUUCAAUGAUGAAAAUAAAAAGUUUAAAGUUGAAUGUAUUAAUAGACAUGAAUAAACAAAGGAUAAUUAGAUAAUUGGUUCAUUUGAAACAACUAUAGAUGAAAUUUUUAAUAAAAAUAUUGAUUCAUUUUAAUUAAUCUAAAUAAAAGGAGGACCAGCAGGAAUAAUUAAAAUUUUAAAUAAAUAAAGGAUACAUAGAGCUAAUUUCGAUGAUUUUAUAUAAUAAGGAACAACUUUUAAUAUAAUAAUUGGGAUUGAUUAUUCUUCUCAUAAUGGUGUACCUUAAUUUCCUGAUUCUAUGCAUACUUAUGUUGAAAAGAACAAUAUUUAUUAAAAAGCAUUAAAUGAUAUUACUAAAGUAUUAGAAAGCUAUAACAUUAAGAAAUUAUUGGCUAUAUAUGGAAUGGGAGCUGAGCCUAAUUUUUCUAAUUAUAAUAGCCAUGGUUAUCAAACACUUUUCCCUUUAACAGGAGAUUUCUAAAAUCCUUAAGUAAUAGGCUAUUAAGAAGCUGUUAAAACAUAUCAGAAUAGACUUAGAGAUAUUGUUUUUAAAGGGGAUCUAUAACUUGAAGAUUUUAUUAAAUAUGUUUAAAGAGUAGCUGAGCAUAAUGCAACCAAACUAAUAUAUACAAUUGCUGUUAUUUUAGGAUAGGAAUAAAUUACAGAUUUAAAAGAAGUUUAUAAUCUAAUUUUAAGUGGUAUAUUACAUAUAUAUAAAGUAGGUUAAAAUUUACCAUAUUCUUUGAUAUAUGUUGGAAUUGGAGGAGAUGAUUUUAAAGAUAUUAAAUAGAUUACUCAUCUUAUAAAUUCUUAAAAUCCACCUAUAAGAAAUAACUUUAACUUUUAUAAAUAUUAAGAAGAUCUUUCUUCAAGUAUACUUAAAAAGAGUUUAAUGUUUGAUUUACCUAAACAAGUAGUUUCAUAUCAUUAAUGUAUUAAUUUGUGA